UAUGGCCAAAUACCUCCAGUGAGUGAGGCAAGUCCUAAGAAGCCAGCUCAAUGGCAAGAAUAAGACCCGGGCAAUAAACAGCUAUGCCCUGCCAGUGAUCAGAUACCCUGCAGGAAUAACAAGGUGGCCAAAGGAAGAGAUUCAGACCACGGAUGUUAAGACCCGAAAGCUCCUACAAAUGCAUGGAGGGUUCCAUCCCAAAUCCAACACCCUGAGAUUGUACGCAAACCGAAAGGAAGGAGGCCGGGGACUAGUAAGUGUGAGAGCCACUGUCCAGGAUGAAACAUCCAAGCUCCAUGAUUACAUCAAGGAUAAGGCUCCAACGGAUGACGUACUCAAAGAAUGUCUCAGACAAUGGGGAACAGAGGAUGAGGAGCUGGAAGAGGGACCAUCAUGGGAGGACAAGCCCCUACACAGGAAGUACCACCGGACCAUAACCGAAAUGGCUGAUCUCAAGAAGUCCUAUCAGUGGCUAGAGAGGGCUAGCCUGAGGGAUAGCACAGAGGCACUCAUCCUGGCUGCUCAGGAACAGGCCCUGAGCACCAGAGCCAUUGAUGCCCAGAUAUACCACACCAGACAAGACCCAAUGUGUAGGUUGUGCAAAGAGGCACCUGAGACAAUCCAACACAUAACUGCAGGGUGUAAGAUGCUGGCAGGGAAAGCCUACAUGGAACGCCAUAACCAGGUUGCUGGCAUAGUCUACCGAAACAUCUGUGCGGAGUAUGGACUGGAAACCCCAAGGUCAAAAUGGGAAACACCUCCGAAGGUGGUAGAGAAUAACAGAGCGAAGAUCCUGUGGGACUUCCUGAUCCAGACUGACAAGAUGGUAAUGGCGAACCAACCAGAUAUCGUGAUCAUAGAUAAAGGGCAGAGGAAAGCCGUUGUAGUGGAUGUAGCGGUCCCAAGUGAUGGAAACAUCAGAAAGAAGGAACACGAGAAACUCGAGAAAUACCAAGGGCUCAGAGAGGAGCUGGAGAGAGCCUGGAAGGUAAAGGUGACAGUCGUGCCUGUGGUGGUCGGAGCACUCGGGGCAGUGACCCCCAAACUAGAUGAGUGGUUGCAACAGAUCCCGGGAACAACAUCGGACAUCUCAGUCCAGAAAUGUGCAGUGCUGGGAACAGCAAGGAUACUGCGCAGAACCCUCAAGCUUCCUGGUCUCUGGUAGAGGACCCGAGCUGAAUGAGGGACGGACACCACCCGAGGGGUGAGAUGAGGAUAUUUAUAAAGCGGCUGGAUAGCUCAGUUGGUAAGGCAUCGGUUUGGCAUACGGGAGACGGUGGUUCGAAUCCCGCUUGGGGCAAAAA